UGUCCUGGUACCGGAAGUAGCUGUUCUUGUUGUUGAUGUCCACGCUGGAUAGACAUGCCUUUGGCUAAAGACUUAGUGAACCCGACCUCUGAGGAUGAAAAGAGAUGUCACAAGAAGAAGAGGUUGGUUCAAAGUCCAAACUCCUACUUCAUGGAUGUAAAAUGCCCAGGCUGCUACAAGAUUACAACCGUUUUCAGCCAUGCACAAACAGUUGUGUUGUGUGUAGGAUGUUCCACGGUUUUGUGCCAACCAACAGGUGGCAAGGCCAGGCUUACAGAAGGAUGUUCCUUCAGAAAAAAACAACACUAAGCGUCCUGUCUACUGUACGACAUAAUACUGAAUACGCAAUGUAAUUAUCGCUCCUCAGGAUGAAUUGCCUUAUAUGUGGUCCUAUAAACCACUCUCCUUGCUGUGGUAUAGUACUAGUUGGCUUUUGAAAUGUGAAAUUCAGGGAGACUUUUGCAGUUUGAUUAUGUGCAAACAUUUCCUAAAAAAAUAAAUACAAAUUUACAAGUGAA